AUGAUAAGUUUGGCGAGGUCACUUUUAUUUGCUCAUAUAGUUUCAUCUGACAACUGUUUGAGGCCAUAUUCUGGGAAAAGAGCAGCAGCGACGAGUAAAACGGGAAUAAGUACCGGAGCGGGUGAAAGGAGGCAAGCGUUCCUUGGCCAGAAGAAAAAGGAUCACAGCCGAAUGUUGUGGAAACACCAAACUUGCCGACGGUUGAGGGAGGGCAAGCGUGUUCUAAGGUCGAUCACUCAGCUUCGAUACGUCUGUCUCGAAGAGAAGACAACCGAGACCUUUCUGCAGAUCACACUGUCCUUAGUUCUGACCAUCCAUUUGCCAGCCUCUCAGGCUUCUAAAAGUUUAGCGCUGAUCAUUGAACGAACAGAAACUACGAGAUACUCGGGCCAAUUGCUAUUUGACCAAACCACGGCUCCAAGCUCAUCUGGUGACGGUCUCCUUCGGUUGCACAGGAGUAGCGUUGCCAGGACAAUCUUUUGGGCAGAAGCGAGGCCGGUUCACGGAUUUCACAGAUCGCUCAUUAGUCCCCCAGACUGGGGGAGGUUGCUGGGCUUUGCAACCUCAGCAUCUCUUCUGCCAAUGCAGACGUCUCAACGCGACAAUCCACACAUCAGCUGGCAAGACUGGCUUACUGGCAAUCGGAUGAGCUCAGAAGUGGUUGCCCUUGUUUCCGCAACUUUAUGUGAAGACUUUCAUUUCGUAUGGAAGUACACGAUGAAAAGAUUCGUGGGUAAUUCUCACUUGAAGGCGUCGGCUUAUUCGCGCCGUACUGAAGCAACACCAGCCUCGGACAACUGUGCAGCUGCUUGGGUCGAGACGCCUUCAGAGGUGGUGCUGCAAGGUCCAGUCGGUCUGGUGGGAGUAAUAGAGGCGUCCGUGAAUCCGGAAGACGACAGGAAUAGACACAGACGCAGACACAGACACAAAGACACAGACAUGGGCACAAACAGUCGGAAAAGCGGGAGUAAAGCGAGGCCGUGUGCUAAAACGGAGCCAGGUUGCGUGUGCAGGCGGGCGAGAAUGAGACGCCCGAGGCAAGUGCAAUAG